AUGAGGUCCAAAGUAGCAGCAGCAAAAUUUAUUGGAGAACAGGAUUGUUCUGAACAAACGGGAUUGACAAAGAAUUCCAAACCAGUCUUCUGUUGGUCCAAACAACACACCACCACCAGUAUCAGCCUGCCGAACAACACACCAGCACCAGUAUCAGCCUGCCAAACAACACACCACCACCAGUAUCAGCCUAUCAAACAACACAUCACCACCAGUAUCAGCCUGUCAAACAACACACCAGCACCAGUAUCAGCCUAUCAAACAACACAUCACCACCAGUAUCAGCCUGUCAAACAACACACCAGCACCAGUAUCAGCCUGCCAAACAACACACCAGUACCAGUAUCAGCCUGUCAAACAACACAUCACCACCAGUAUCAGCCUGCCAAACAACACAUCACCACCAGUAGCAGCCUGCCAAACAACACAUCACCACCAGUAUCAGCCUGCCAAACAACACACCGGCACCAGUAUCAGCCUGCCAAACAACACAUCACCACCAGUAUCAGCCUGUCAAACAACACACCACCACCAGUAUCAGCCUGUCAAACAACACACCAUCACAAGUAUCAGCCUGCCAAACAAUACACCACCACCAGUAUCAGCCUGCCAAACACACCACACCACCACCAGUAUCAGCCUGCCAAACAACACACAACCACCAGUAUCAGCCUGCCAAACAACACACCAGCACCAGUAGCAGCCUGCCAAACAACACACCAGCACCAGUACCAGCCUGCCAAACAACACACCAGCACCAGUACCAGCCUGCCAAGUAACACACCACCACCAGUACCAGCCUGUCAAAGACACCACACCACCACCAGUAUCAGCCUGCCAAACAACACACCACCACCAGUAUCAGCCUGCCAAACACACCACACCACCAGUAUCAGCCUGCCAAACAACACACCACCACCAGUAUCAGCCAGACAAACAACACACCACCACCAGUAUCAGCCUGUCAAACAACACAUCACCACCAGUAUCAGCCUGCCAAACAACACACCACCACCAGUAUCAGCCUGCCAAACACACCACACCACUACCAGUAUCAGCCUGUCAAACAACACACCACCACCAGUACCAGCCUGCCAAACACACCACACCACCAGUAUCAGCCUGUCAAACAACACCCCACCACCAGUAUCAGCCUGUCAAUCAACACAUCACCACCAGUAUCAGCCUGCCAAACAACACAUCACCACCAGUAUCAGCCUGCCAAAACACACCACCACCAGUAUAAGCCUGCCAAACACACCACACCACCACCAGUAUCAGCCUGCCAAACACACCACACCACCACCAGUAUAA